AUGACUCGUACAAAGCAGACUGCCCGCAAACAGACGGGUGGUAAAGCACUGAGGAAGCAACAGGCUACAAAAGCCGCUUGCAAGAGUGUGCCCUCUACUGGCGCAGUGAUGAAACCUCAACGUUACAGGCCUGGUACCUUGGCACGCCAUGAAAUUAGACGGGGUUGGAAGUCUACUGAACUUCUGACUCACAAACUUCCCUUCCAGCAUCUGGUGCGGGAAAUUACUCGGGACUUCAAAACAGAUCUGUGCUUCCAGAGUACAGCCAUUGGUGCUUUGCAGGAGGCAGAUGAGGGCUAUCUGGUUGGCCUUUUUGAAGACACCAAUCUGUGUGCUAACCACACCAAAUGUGUAACAAUUACGCCAAAAGACAUCCAGCUGGCACGCCGCAUACGUGGAGAACGUGCUUAA